GAGGCAGGGCUGGCUGGCUGGAGAGGAUGGGCCUUGGAGUCCCUGCUUUCCCAGGCAGAGCCAGCUCCCCGACUCCGGGGGAUCCAGGCUUCCAGGACCCGGUGGGUGGCUGGGGGAUGAUGGAGGUUGGAGUCCCCCCAGGGAGCGGGCUGGGAAAGGGAGCUCCCAGGAGAGGGAGGAUGGGUUUUGGAGUCCUUCUCCCAGCCUCUUUUGGCCUCCCCCUCCGUCCUCCUCUCGUUGGGGGGCCCUUUGGCCCUUGGGAGAGGGGCCCCAAGCCAAGAGCCUGCUCUUCCCCGGAGAGCAGACUAGAUCCACCAAGGACCCCCCCUUGCCCUGCCCCUUGCGGGGAAGCAUCCUGGCCCAGAGUCAGAGAAGCCUGGAGAAGCCUCGCCCAGGGUCUCUCGAGGGGCAGCCAUUCCCUCGGUCUCCCCAUGGGCCAGGCUCCUCCAGUGGCGAUGGAGGAGGGAUGGAGGAAGCCCUCUGGCCUGGAAGGGCAGGUAUGGCCCCUCUUCUUCAUUGUCCCUCCUUCUCUGCCUUGCCUUUGCCAGGAGGCUCCCCUGAGCCUGGAGGUCUGCAAAGAGCCCUGGAUGUUCCCUCCCAGCCCUUUCCAUCUGGAGCCCAAACAGGACCAUGGCCUGGAAAAGGGGGGGGGGGCUGCUCUCUGCCUUUGCCCCAAAUCUCCAGAGAGACCCCCCCUUGGGACCAUGCUCCAAAAGAGGCCCUGGGUUCGAGUCCCACCCUCCAUCUCUGGAAGAAGGAGCCCCAGUCUCCUUGGGAGAAGCCCCUUCCCCUCCUAGGAAAUCCCAGAAGGAAAGCUCUGAGGGAAAAGCCUCUGGAAGGAAGGAAGGAAGGAAGGAAGGAAGGAAGGAAGGGGCUCAAGGGUUUGGGGGUCCUCUGCCCACUCCCCCCAAAGACCAGAAAGUCCCGAUCCAGGCCUGGCUGCGCUUCUAUGGCUACCUCCCACCAUCCAGCCCUCAGAUGUCCACCUUGCGCUCCGCUCAGAUCCUCUCCUCCGCCAUCUCCGAAAUGCAGAGUUUCUACGGCAUAACGGUGACGGGUGUUUUGGAUGAAGAGACGGCAGCGUGGAUGAAGCGGCCCCGUUGUGGCGUCCCGGAUAAAAUUGGUGCUCAGGUCAAGGCCAACAUGCGGCGGAAACGGUACGCACUCACUGGACGGAGGUGGACCCAAAGCCACCUGACUUUUAGCAUCCAAAACUACACUGAGAAGCUGGGCCGCUUCCACUCACAUGAUGCCGUCCGCCGCGCCUUCCGCGUCUGGGAGGAAGCCACGCCACUGGCCUUCCAGGAGAUCCCCUACGAGGAGAUCGGGCGCAAGAGGAGGAAGGAAGCUGACAUCAUGGUGCUCUUCGCCUCCGGGUUCCACAGGGACAGCUCCCCAUUCGACGGAGCUGGAGGCUUCCUUGCCCACGCUUACUUCCCGGGGCCUGGCAUGGGAGGUGAUGCCCAUUUCGACUUGGAUGAGCCUUGGACCUUGGAGAAUGCAGACGUCUCUGGAAACAACCUCUUUCUGGUGGCUGUGCAUGAACUCGGCCAUUCCCUGGGGCUAGAGCACUCUAGUAACCCCAGCGCCAUCAUGGCUCCCUUCUACCAGUGGAUGGACACAGAGAACUUCCAGCUGCCAGACGAUGACCGCCGGGGCAUUCAGCAGCUCUAUGGUGUUUCGGGGGCCCAACCGCAGCCCACCAGGCCCCUGCCAACUGUGGUGCCCCGAAAGCCAGACCAGAAGCCCCCCCGGCCGCCAGCCCCUGCCCCCCCUGGCCGCCCAGACCAGCCCCCAAGGCCUGGCACUCCUGACCAGUCGGAGCCCAACAUCUGCGACGGGGACUUUGACACAGUGACCGUCCUGCGCGGGGAGAUGUUCGUGUUCAAGGGCCGCUGGUUCUGGCGCGUUCGCCACAACCGGGUGCUGGACAACUACCCGAUGCCCGUGGGGUACUUCUGGAGGGGCCUUCCUGGAAACAUUGACGCCGCGUACGAGAGGCAAGACGGACGGUUUGCAUUCUUCAAAGGGGAUCAGUACUGGCUUUUCCGUGAGGCAAACCUGGAACCGGGGUACCCGCAGCCCCUGACCAGCUACGGGGUGGGCAUCCCUUACGACAAAGUGGACGCUGCCAUUUGGUGGGAACCAACAGGGCACACUUUCUUCUUCCAAGGAGACAGGUACUGGCGCUUCAAUGAGGAGAGCCACACAGUUGACCAAGGCUACCCGCGGAAAAUCAGCGUGUGGUCGGGGGUCCCCCCAAACCCAAAAGGGGUCUUCCUGAGUCCGGAUGCAACCUACACUUAUUUCUACAAAGGCCGAAUGUACUGGAAAUUCGACAACGAGCGGCUGAAAACAGAGCCCGGCUACCCAAAGUCCAUCCUGCGGGAUUUCAUGGGAUGUCACGAGGAAGUGGCUGCCAAUCCUGACCCCGGCCGGAGGUGGCCCGAUUUCAGCAAACCGCCUUUCAAUCCGGACGGCCCUGGACAGGGCAAAGAGGAGGAGGAAAUGGUGGACGUAGAGGAGGAGGAGAUGGACACUCGCCCGGGUGUAAAGGAGGAGGAGGAAGAGGGGGCCAUGGACACGGAAGGGGACUAUGGGGAUGGUGUGGAUGGAAACAAGGAACGGGGCCCCCCUCGCGACGGCCCCAGCGACGUGGACAUUGUGGUGCACAUCAACGACUACCCUUUGACCAUGAGUGUCAUCAUGGUGACGGUGCUACUGGUCCUCCUCCUCUGCAUCAUGGGCCUGGUUUACGUCAUGGUCCAGCUCCAGCGCAAGGGGCCGCCCCGCAUGUUCGUCUAUUGUAAGCGAUCCCUGCAGGAGUGGGUCUGAAGCCUCGGGCGUCCCCUCUGGGCAGGGCGGCCCUCCUUGCUCCCUCCCUCCAUCCAUCCAAGCAGGUGACUGGUCUGUGCUCCUGUUUCCUUGGCCUGAAGGUUGAGCCAGGGGCUACUUGAAGAAGGACCUUCAGAGGGUCUGUUGGGGGGUAAGGUCCAGCCAGCCCUUUCCUCUCCCUGCUUGAAAGCAGACCUCAUGGAUAUUCCUGGAAUAGGAGGUCUAGAUUAUUGUGCAGAAGGUGGGUUUGUGCCUCUCUACCUUCAUGCCUCAGCCAAAGUUGGCUGCCUUAAAGAAGGUCCAGUGUCCCCCCUGCAUCAACGGUGGGGAGGAAAGUAGAGGUAAGUACUCACUGACCUGCCUGUGAGAUCUCUCUUGUCCCCUUCCCAAAAAGGGAUCCUCUCGUCCCCCCAGUUUUGAUGUACGCCUUUCUCAUCUUUGCUACUGAAGUUUAAGCCUAUGGAUUCCUCCCUUCCCCAUUUCCCCGCUGGGAUCUGGUUCACGCUGUGGUUUGCAAGCCUGAGCAAGUGUGUUCUGUCCCCUUUGGAAAAACUGAGCCUUGAGAUGCUCCGGCUGGACUGGGCACAAGGAUCUCUUUUGUCCAUGUUGCACUUAGAGGCCUGAGUUCUCCAAAGCAGGACUCUUGGGUUGCUUAAAAGAUGCAGAUGCUUUAGUCCGUGGUUCCUUUCCUGUUCAAGUGCCAACCGUGAUAGACCUCUGAGGGAAAUAUGCCUUUGUUUGCUUGUUCUGGCAAUGGUCUGGCCAGGUGCCCACGGGAGAGGUCGGAGUGACCGGCAUCCUCAAAAUGCCUUCUCUUUGGGUGGGGGGGAGGCGUCUUCCCCACCCCGUCCCAGUAGCCUUAUUGGUUGCAAAGCAAAAGUUGGAACGCUUUUCUUUUUUUCCUACUGUAAUAACUUGUGAUGCACUACUGCUGGAAUUGCUCAAACUGGGCUUGGAGAUGGGAGAAGAUGGAGUCUCUGCCCAGCUCUCUGCCUCACCUUCCUGGUGUGUGACUACUACUCCUGCUGUCCCUUUCCUACCUCUUCCCAGUCCUGCCAGCCUCUGUCCUCCCCAAACCCCUUGCUGUUAUCUUUCAGAAGCAGACGCCGGUCUGCAGAUUUCCCUGGAUGCUACUUGGGUCUUUUUGCUAUUUGGAAGAGGAUGGGAAAAAAGAAUUAUCACUGACUGGCCUUCAAAAAAUCUCUGCCUGGAGUUGCUAGCCACAGCUGCCUGGAGUUAGUGAUUUAAGCAGCCAGAUGUUACCAAAAUGCCUGACCUCUUUGAGCAGGGAAUAACCACAUUCCCCCAAAAACAAGAAAGGUCACUGGUUGAACAUCUGGGCUUUGGAAGCUGGAGGACUCACUUGCGCCUGGGAUGAGUUUUCCCCGGCAAAUCCUGAGGUUGAGUCCUUGACUGAGAGAUAAUAAUAUUCAGAUUAUGGGAACUGGGCCACUAGCAAAUAAAAUGCACCCCACCCCACCCCAUUCACAAGACAAAUAUGAACCAAAUUUCUCUGCAAUGGCAAAAGAAACCAGUCUCCUGAAUGCAUGGAGGAGUCAGAGAGCCAUCCGUUGUGUUUCUUGUCUCCGGACAGACUUUGUACAUUCCAAAGAGACUGCUUUUCGCUCACAAAAAAACCCCAUGUAGCAUUUAUCACCUGCCACAGCCUCUUCGCCCCACUCCGCAAUUCCCCUCGGCUUUUCUUCCUGCAACAGACAUCCUUCCUGCCUUCCUUGCAACUUGCAAGCUGGGCGAGAUUGUGCCGCACAAGCAAACGUGAGACAGAUUGCAUCGAUUGUGUGACUUCCGAGUGCCUUGGCACAGAGCUUUGGCAGGGUUUUUGCCUCUUGUCUUUUGGCUUGGAUCACCUCUUGGUGAGAGGCGCAGCUAUAAAUCCCGCAUCAAGAGAAGCCGGCUUCUGUAGUAUUUGCAAGAACCACCAGUAGAACAGAUUCUGCUGCUAGUUGUUGCUUAUGGCCUUCCUCUCUCUUUUCACUGGGAUGCCCCUUAGAGAAGCUUUGCUUGCAUAGGGCUGCGAAGCAUGGACUCCUCCAGAUGCUGUUGGACUGCAGUGCCCAUCAGCCCUGGCCAAACAAGCCAGUUGGUGAAGGGUUGUGGCAGCUGUAGACCAGCACCACCUGAAAGGCCAGGUGCUCUCCAUUCCUGUUCUUGUCCAUAAGAUCUUCAGGCUUGAAAACCGUAGUCCUGCAAUCCCAGUCCAAAAGGCUUGCCUUGGCUUUGCAUAAAUGAAUUUCCAGGGCAACUGGGUGGGCUGUAAUCCCUCUUAACAUUUGUAUGUGUUUUUUUAAACAUCCUUUCUGCCACUUGCAGGUAAAGAGUACGUAGCCAUGUUCUGCUCUCGCGAGGAAAGGGUGACAGAGUGCUGAGCCCAUCCUCCCCGUUGGUUCUUAAGCUCCAUUAUCCACAUGGACAGGGCUUGGACCGCCCGUGUCCUUUCCCCACACGAGUGCCAAGGUCUCUCCUUGCAUUCAGGCCCUGUCCUCCUUGAACCUAGUCCUCCAGGUGUUUUGGACUUCAACUUCCAAAAGCCACAGCCAGCUUGGCCAGCAAUCAGGGAUGCUGAGAGUCAGUCCAAAACAUCUGGAGGACCAACGUUUGGGAAUCGCUGCAUGAGUCUGUGCACCUUUUCCUUUGAGGACUGUUUGGAGAUUCUGGGGCAGACCUGGAUGGGUCAAAGGGGGCAGUUGCAUCCAGCCAUAAUCCCUUCACAGGUGCCCAGGAGGAAACACACUGCUUUGGGGUAUUGAUAGCCAGGGCAUCUGCCUCCUUCAGUGUCCUAAUCCUAAAUCUCUCCUCCAGUUCUUCUUCCUUCCUUCCCUAAAUAACCCCUUCUGUGUUUGGUGAUGGGAUUGUUGGAAGGAAAGGAGGAGCAAGGCUUGGCAGGACCCCAAAGCCUCUUAAUGCCACGCAGCCCUGGGUUCACUUGGCGAGGGAUAGAUCUCAGCCAAAUGCUUUUGCUAUCAGACGGUGCCUUCUCUAUGCUGAAUAUGCCAAUGCAUCUGCUAAUGAAAAGACUGGAAGUCAAUUAAUUUUCCCACACUCAAGAGCUGCUAAUAAAUCAGUUUCAUCUUUCACAGGCUGCCAAUAAAACCCCACAUUUGUGCUGACUCUGAAUGUUUCAAAGCCUGGACCUCAUUUCCCCUUCAAUGUGCAUACAGUGUCUGUUUUAAGUUGUGCUUUUAGUAAAUGAAAAUUUCCUGUC